AUGGCCGAUGUGAGCGUUCUGUUCCUCGCCAACAGCGAACAUGGUCAGACAAACAUUAUUUUGGCCAUGACUCAUGAGCUACUGGUGCGCGGCGAUGUGGACGUGCACAUUGCUUCGUUUCCUGUGCUGGAAAAACGGUUGGAAAAGCUUCUGAACGACAAUUUUGCCGCAUACAACGACAUAUUUCGAUCAAGAGUUCACUUUCAUCCGCUGCGGGGUCCCUCAAACACGGAUGUCUUUAUUCGCACUGGUAAACGAGGGGCGUUCCAUCCUCCUGGGUACCAUGGCGCAGUCCUUGGUUUCCAGUCGCUUUGUGAGGAUAUAUGGGGAUGGACCGAAGAGGAAUACGUUGAUAUCUACCACUGCUGCAUUGAAAUUAUCAAGAGCGUACAGCCGUCGGUUAUCGCGUCGGACUUUUUCUUCCUGAUGGGCCGCGAUGCGGCGUUCAAUGCGGGAUACACAGCCAUUCUGAUCAACACCACCUCUCUCACGCACAUCGUGCUAGGGCUGCAAAAGGGCUCGGCUGCCCUGUGGAAAUACCCUCUCCCCGGGACUGGCUUCCCUUAUCCACUCCCAUGGCAUCAAAUCCCGUUCAACACCCUUGCCGUCCUUAAAACAGCGAAGAUGUAUCACGGCAGCGGCCGUCGACGCGAGAUUCGCGAUUGGCGUAUUCGUAAUAAGAUUCACGGUCGAUUCCCCUUUGCCGACUCUUGGCGACCAGACCGGUUUCACCUGACGCCGGCGUUGAAGGAGCUCGACUGGCCGAUGGAUGUGCCAGAUAACAUCUUGCCUUGCGGGCCAAUCCUCCUGCCCACGGCGUCUGUUGAAAAGCAGGACCCGGAGAUGGCUGCAUGGCUAAACCGAGGUCCUACAAUCUUGGUGAAUCUAGGUACAUUGUAUGCACCAGACCCGGAAGUGGCCGGAAAUAUUGCCACUGGGCUGAAGUUAUUCUUCGAUUCUUGGAAAGGAGAGGGGGUCCAAGUCCUCUGGAAGCUACCCCCUCAUCCACAUGACGAGGAUGGAAUAUAUCACCAGGCAAUUCAAAUCCUUCAGAAAGAAGUGGAUCAAGAUCGCGCGCGCAUCCAGUCGUGGUUCCAAGUGGAACCUAUGGCGAUGCUGCAGACAGGUCAAAUUAUUUGUUCCGUCCACCAUGGCGGUGCCAACUCCUGGUAUGAAGCUAUCCAAAAUGGAGUCCCGCAUGUGAUCCUCCCUGCCUGGCAAGACUGUUAUGAGAAUGCCGCUCGAGCCGAAUGGCUAGGGAUCGGCGUAUAUGGCAACCGAUCUCGGGCUCCCAGCAUCGACGGCAAAGAGCUUAGCAGGGCGUUACUGAAAGUGAUGAACAACAAGUCGUACAAAGACAAGUCCGUGGAAAUGUCGAAGCUGUGCCAUAAGAAGGAGGGACGUGUGGCCGGGGCGGAAAAGAUCGUGGAAAUUGCGCGGAACCCGGAAAAAAUGUCCAUGGACAUGCCUGAGCUCAAUUUUGGUGACCCUCAGUGCAAGCUGUACGAGGUCAAAAAUAAUGCCGGCAUGGUACUCCAUACGCUCGACCCUCCCAGGCCCGUAGGCAAAGAUUCGUCAAAAUCCUUUUCCACUGACAUUGCUGAGACCCUCCUUGUUACCGCGCUCUGCAACACAUGGUGCAUGCUACCACUCAUCGGAUACUCGAUGCUUCUGGUGCCCCGUCUGCGACUCAUUGCCUUGCUCUAUAUUCUUUACAUCAAAUUUGUGGCGAAGGCACACACCACAGGCACACUCCCUUUACGAAAUGACACGUUCCGUACGUCGUGGGUCUGGAAGACAUUUGCUGCCUACUUCCCUCUGCGUCUGUAUCGAUCUACUCAGUUGUCCCCAGGGAAACGGUACGUAUUCGGAUAUCACCCCCACGGUGUGGCCUUCCGGGGAGCGAUGGGGACCCUGGCUGCAGAUUCUGCGGGGUUCUCGCAGCUCUUCCCCGGCAUUACCAACACCCUAUUGGUCAAAGAUGAGUUCUUCUACCAGCCCCUCCUCCGGGAAUACCUGCUCGGGGCUGGCGCCAGUGGUGUUUCGCGGAGUUCGUGCAUCCGCCACCUGACGAAGAACGGGCACGAUGGACGUGGGAUGGGCAGUGCUAUCACCAUCACGGUGGGCGGCAGCCGCGAAUACAACAUUGCGGAGCCCGGGACUAUGGGUGUAGUGGUCAAGAUCCGCAAGGGUUUCAUCCGAGUGGCGGUUUCGACAGGAGCGGAGCUAGUACCAGUCAUCGGCUUCGGCGAGAAUGAGCUGUUCGACCGGGUCGACAUAAAAUCGUCGCGACUGCUCACUCCCCUAGCCAAACUAUGGGAGUGGUCGGUCGGCCACAAGGUCGCAUUUUCCACCGGGCGCUUCAAUAUCUUCUGUCCCCAUCGUAAACCGCUCAAUGUGGUGGUCGGGAAGCCAAUUCCGGUUCAGCAGCAACGAUAUGACCCGGAUGAGAAGUAUAUCGAGGAGCUACACUUUCAAUAUCGGGUGCACUUGCAGAGUCUCUGGGACGACUGGAAGGACGUGUUUGGGGUGGACCGAUCUGUCAAGUUCGAGCUGGUUGACUGA